AUGAGUUGCACAUGUCGAGCGACACCCUUGAAAAUAUUCGUCCAGGGACUAUCUCAAGUUCACAGAUUUGAGGCUUCCCCCUCGCUUGUUCGCCUUCCAAUUCGUACCCGACCGGCACUUCAACAGAACAAUUUCGCUUUUGCACGACAGGCCCGAUCCCUACACUUUUCGAAAAAUCUCUGUCAAGAUGCUUCCGGCGCAGAAGCUGCUAAAGGAACUGAGACGGCGGACGACAACUCUCACAGAAAUAUAAACGAUACAUCUCGAGUGGGAGAAGAACAAUCUAUCGCCACAGUCGAGGCUCCGGAUACCUGGAAAGCUACACCAAGCCUUAGCGAAAAAGCCCCAAAACGAAGAGAAUACAAACUAGACAAAAAAUCACGGACAGCAUACAACCGAGGAGAGAAUAAUUUCAAUGCUUCAGGCACUUUCAAUGCAUUUGACAAAACGACAGAACCCAGGAAACCACGUAUUAAAGGCCCCUCCUCCAAUCAACCACAAUCUGGAGCCGCCUACUGGAAGGCCCAGAAAGCAGCUCUUAAGGAAAAGUUCCCCGAGGGCUGGAGACCGCGAAAGCGUCUCUCACCCGACGCACUGGCUGGUAUCCGAGCCCUCAACGCCCAAUUCCCUGACGUCUACACAACAGAGGCACUCGCAGAGAAGUUUGAGGUGGCGGCAGAGGCCAUUCGUCGUAUCUUGAAGAGCAAAUGGGUGCCCAAUUCUGUUGAGGAGGAAUCACGACAGGAGCGUUGGUUCCGUCGCGGAAAGGACGUUUGGGAGUCGCGAGCUGCGCUGGGUAUUAAGCCUCCACAGAAGUGGCGGCGCGAGGGCAUUGCGCGAGAUCCUAGUUACCAUGACUGGAGGAAGGAGGCGGUCCAGAGGAACAGGACUCUGGCUGAAAAGGACGAUUGGGAUAUCAAGCGAAGUUACAGUCCUCGGGCCAAGCGCACUUCUGCCCCCGGGGGUACUUAUACCUCGCGGGUUGCACGAGAGAGGAAAGACACUUAUACUCCCCGAUCAGGAGGACGAGAUGCUUAA